GGCAAAUGUCUAUAUUGAACGCCGCCAAAUCGCUCGUAGGAAUUGAAGAGCAACGAACUCUGACGGUGCAAUCGUCACAAUCUCGUAUCGGUAUCCCUGUAUCUAGAAACGUAUGGUGGAAAGCGGAGAUAUUGCGUGAGAACUUCUUGCAAUCUACUCACUCUCAAUUGGAGCAAGAGGAGAAUUCUGAAGAUGACUACGCUCAGCUUGAAUUACUUAGCAAGUUUUUGAAAUACGUCGCUACAAGUGAUCCAGAUGAGCAAUCUCUUUACGUACUUCAAGCAUCUCUCGUUCACUUUCAUCAAGUUCAUCUCACCAACAUCGACGUACACAACUUGACUGCAAAGUUGGACGCUGACUUGCGCAAGCUUGUUUUAUCUGCUUACUUCAAGUCAAAAGCCAGCUUGGAAGCUGCUAACUUGGAAACUCCAAAAUCUCCAGCUGCAGCCCUUAUCGAGCAAUCACUCCAAGGAAAUGCUAACGUAUACGCACUCUUCGGUGGUCAAGGCGCUAACGAGGUAUACUUUGAUGAAUUGCAAAACCUUUUCGACAUCUACCAACCAUACGUCGAAGAUUUCUUAGCACAAUCAUCCAAAACACUCGUUGAGUUAGCAAAAGAUGCUACUAACAAUGGCUCUGUUCAUUUCAGCCAAUCUAUCGACGUUAUCAAUUGGCUUAGAAAUGGCGAUAAACGCCCAUCAGUCGCUUACUUAGCAUCUAUUCCACUUUCACUUCCACUUAUCGGUUUAACUCAACUUGUACAAUACCUCGCAUUUGCUUCUGCUUGUUCCCUUUCCCCAGGUAAAUUAAGAGAAAACAUCAAAGGUGCAACUGGUCAUUCACAAGGUGUUAUAUCCGCCGUGGUCGCAGCCGCUUCUGAUUCUUAUCAAGAGUUCACUAAUAACGCUUUAAAAGCUCUCAAAGUUCUUUUCUACAUUGGUUUGCGUGGUCAGGAGACUUUCCCAACUCUCUCAAUUGAACCUGCUUUAAUUGAAGACUCCAUUGAAGGUGGUGAAGGUGAACCAACUCCUAUGCUUUCAGUUUCUGGUUUAUCCUUGAGCGUUUUAGAAUCCUUCGUCAACAAAACAAACGCUCAUUUGGCUGAUUCAUCAAAGAUCUCAGUCAGAUUGUUGAACGGUCCAAAGAACUUCAUUGUCACUGGUCCACCACGUAGUCUCUACGGAUUGGUCACUAACCUUCGUAAAGUUAGAGCACCAACUGGCUUAGACCAAUCAAAGGUUCCUUUCUCAAAGAGAAAAGCAGUCUUUAACGCCAGAUUCUUAGUCGUUGGUGUUCCAUACCACUCAUCCUACCUCGAAUCUGCCACUCCAAAGGUUAUCAACGAUGAUUUAGCAAAUGAAGAAUUAUGGACACCUUCAGAUUUGAAGUUAGCUGUAUACCACACCGAAACUGGUCAAGAUUUACGUGAACUAUCAUCUGGCUUGACCAAGUCCCUUGUUAGCCAAAUCUUCACUCAACCAAUACAUUGGACAAAGGCAACCGAUUUCCCUACCAGCGCAACACACGCUAUUGACUUCGGUCCAGGUGGUAUGUCAGGUAUUGGUCCACUCACUCAACGCAACUGGGAAGGUCGCGGAAUUAGAGUUCUCAUUCCUGGUGCCAACGGCAAAACAGGUUCAGAGAUUUACGACUCAUCCCUCAUCAAGGAGGAGAAGUGGAAUGAAAAAUUCCAACCUGCUUUGGUCAAGACAAAAGAUGGCAAGAUUCACCUCGACACUCCAUUUUCAAGACUUCUUGGAAAGCCUCCACUUAUGGUUGCUGGUAUGACUCCAUCUACUGUCAAGGGUGGCUUCGUUUCAGCCGUUCUUAAUGCUGGAUACCACAUUGAAUUAGCUGGCGGUGGUCACUACAAUGCCAAGAUGUUACGCGCCAAGGUUGCUGAGAUUCAAGACAAUGUCCAACCUGGUAAUGGUCUUACCUUGAAUGCCCUUUACAUCAACCAACGUCAAUUCACCUUCCAAUUCCCAUUAUGGCAACAAAUGCGUCAAGAGGGUCUUCCAAUUGAAGGUUUCUGUGUUGCUGCUGGUAUCCCAUCAUCAGAGAAGGCAACUGAGAUGAUCACCGCACUCAAAGAGUCUGGUAUCAAGCACGUCGCCUUCAAGCCUGGUUCAGUUGAGGGUAUCCGUCAAGUUGUCAACAUCGCAUCUGCCAACCCAUCCUUCCCAAUUAUUAUGCAAUGGACUGGUGGACGUGCUGGUGGUCACCACUCAUGUGAAGACGUUCACCAACCAAUUAUACAGACUUACGCUUCAAUAAGACAACACUCUAACAUUUCUCUCGUUGCUGGUUCAGGUUUCGGUGCAGCUGAAGACUUCUGGCCAUACUUGACUGGUGACUGGUCAUUAGAGUUCGGCCUUCAACCAAUGCCAUUCGAUGGUGCUCUCUUUGCUUCACGUGUUAUGGUUGCUAAGGAAGCACACACUUCUGCUUCAGUCAAACAGCUCAUCGUUGAUGCUCCAGGUGUUGAUGACAAGGACUGGGAAAACACUUAUGAUAAGGAGACUGGUGGUAUUUUAACCGUCCGUUCAGAAUUGGGUGAACCAAUUCACAAGAUCGCUACUCGCGGUGUCAAGCUCUGGAGAGAAUUUGACGACACAGUCUUUAAUCUCCCACGUGAGAAGCGUGGUCCAUGGUUAGAUUCCAAGCGUGAUUACGUUAUUGACAGACUCAACAAGGACUUCCAAAAGCCUUGGUUCGGUGAGAAGGCUGAUGGUACCGUUGUUUCUGACAUUGGUGACAUGACUUACGAAGAAGUCACCAAACGUAUGGUCAAGCUCCUCUACGUUGGUCACCAAUCACGCUGGAUCGACUUAUCACUUCGUAACCUCGUUGGUGAUUGGUUGAGACGUGUCGAAGAACGUUUCUCAGCUGUCGAUGGUACUGAGAAGAUCUCUAUCUUACAAUCCUACAGCGAACUCGAUCAGCCAGCUGAUUUCAUCAAUAAGUUCUUUGAUGAGUACACUGGUGCCAAGGAACAACUUCUUGCUGCUGAGGAUAAGGCUUACUUCUUAAACAUCACUCAACGUCCAGGUCAAAAGCCAGUACCAUUCAUUCCAGUUCUUGACAACUCAUUCGAGGUUUGGUUUAAGAAGGAUUCAUUAUGGCAAGCUGAGGAUAUUGAUGCCGUUGUCGAUCAGGACCCACAACGUGUCUGUAUUCUUCAGGGACCUGUUGCUGCCAAGCAUUCCACCAAGGUCGAUGAGCCAAUCAAAGAAUUGCUCGGUGGAAUCGAAGAGCAACUCGUCAAGAAGCUCCUUGAACGUCGCUACAACGGGGACGCUUCAAAGGUUCCUGAAGUCGACUACAUCGGCGCUCAGCCAGUCAACGAGUCUUCUACUCAACUUGAAUCCUACAAGAUCAUCUCUACUACUGAGCAAGACAAGCAAACUUACCAAAUCUCGGACAGCCUUCCACCUACUGAAGAAUGGUUAGAGAGCCUCGCUGGUAGCCAAGUCGGUUGGUUCAGAGCUUUAGUAACCACUCCAAUUGUUGUACAAGGCAAGGGUUACACUACCAACCCAAUGAAGAAACUCCUUGCUCCACGUCGUGGUCAAAAGGUUGUCAUUGAUUUGAAGAACGGUCAACCUAUUGGUGCUGAAUUCUACGGUGGUAUUCGCUCAGCUGGUUCAUCCGACCCAAGCUUCCAAGCUGUUAAGAUCUCUUACAACGAGUCAGCUGGUCGUAUCACUCUUGUCCUUUCUGAAGAACGUCGCGGUGAAAGCGUCCCACUCACCUUCGAGUAUGAGUAUAAGCCAGCCAUUGGUUACGCUCCAAUCCAUGAAGUUAUGGAAGGUCGUAACCAACGUAUCAAGGACUUCUACUGGCAACUCUGGGAACUCGGUGCACCAACUCAACUCAAUGUCCGUGACACCUUUACUGGUCCACCUGUCACCAUUGACGCUGCUACUGUUGAGAAGUUCUGCGCUAUCAUUGGUAACGAUGGUGAAGCAUUCAAAUCAAACAGAACAGAUGAAGUUCAAGCACCAAUGGAUUUCGCUAUCGUCACUGGCUGGCAAGCUAUUAUGAAGGCCAUCUUCCCUAAGGAGAUCGAUGGUGACUUACUCAAGCUUGUUCAUCUUUCAAACGGUUUCAAGUUGGUCUCAGGUGCUCGUCCAAUUGCAGUUGGUGAUGUAUGUUCAGCAGAGGCUAAGAUUGUCUCCAUUGUCAACUCAGACUCAGGCAAGACUGUCAUGGUUAAAGGUUUCGUUAUGAGAGAUGGUAAACCAGCUAUUGAGGUUUCAUCAUCUUUCCUCUACCGUGGUAAAUUCGAAGAUUACGAAAACACUUUCGAAAUUAUCGACGAAUCCCAAUACAGAGUCGAAUUAAAGAGCGACUCAGACGUUGCAUUGCUCAGAUCAAAGGAAUGGUUCCAAUGGGAUGAUGAAUCAAAGCCACUCACUGUCGGUACUUCACUAAUCUUCGACGUCCAAUCAGAGCUUCACUAUGGUAACGCUACCUCAUACAAGUCUUUGAAUGUUUCUGGUCGCGCCAACAUCCGUAACCAAUUGAAGGAACUCGUUCCAGUUGGUACCGUAGAAUUAGAAUCUGGUUUGACCAAGGGUAACCCAGUUAUUGAGUACCUCAGACGUAACGGUAAGGUUAUCAGUGGUACAACACUCUUUGAGAAUGAUGGUUACUCACUCACCAAAUCAUCAAACCCAUCACUUUACGUUUCACCAUUCUCAAACGAAUCAUACUCAAAGAUCUCUGGUGACUUCAACCCAAUCCACGUUAACCCAUACUUCGCUGAUCUCGGUAAUUUGCCAGGUACUAUUGCUCAUGGUAUGUAUGGUUCAGCUGCCACUCGUAAAUACGUCGAGACUGUCGCUGCAGACAACGUACCAUCACGUGUUCUUUCCUACCAAGUCACUUUCGUUGGCAUGGUUCUCCCAGGUGAUACUCUUGAAGUCAAGCUUCGUCACAUUGGUAUGGAUGAUGGUGCUAAGAUUAUCUCCGUCGAUACCGUUAAUCAAGAUGGUGAUAAGGUCAUCUCUGGCCAAGCUCUUGUUGCACAACCAACCACCACUUACGUCUUCACUGGUCAAGGUUCACAAGAACAAGGUAUGGGUAUGGCUCUCUACGAAUCAUCAGAGGCUGCCCGUAAGGUAUGGAACGCCGCUGAUGAUCACUUGGGUGAGGUUUACGGUUUCUCUAUCAUCGAUAUCGUCAAGAACAAUCCAAAAGCCAAGACCAUUCACUUUGGUGGUUUGAAGGGUCAAGCUAUUCGUCAACGCUACAUGGAUCUUCGUUAUGACACUACAGACAAGGAAGGAAAUGUCAAGACUCUCCCAUUGUUCCCAGACAUCACUGUUCGUACUAGUGACUACACCUUCCAAGCACCAAACGGUUUGUUGUUCGCUACACAAUUUGCUCAAAUCGCUCUCGUUGUUACAGAGAAAGCUGCAUUUGAGGAUAUGCGUUCAAAGGGACUAGUCCAAUCAAACUGUGCAUUCGCUGGUCACUCACUUGGUGAAUACGCUUCAUUGGCAUCUAUCGCCGAUGUUUUGCCUAUCUCAUCACUCACUGAUGUCGUCUUCUACCGUGGUUUGACUAUGCAACGUGCUGUAGAGCGUGACGCAUUCGGUCGCUCUCAAUUCAGAAUGAUGGCUGUCAACCCAUCACGUAUUGGCAAGACUUUCGAUGAGAGCAUCUUGAGAGAAAUUGUUGACUCCGUUUCAAGACGUACUCAGCUCUUGCUCCAAAUCGUUAACUUCAACGUCGAUGGUCAACAAUAUGUCUGUGCUGGUCACUUACAAGCACUUGAGACAUUGACUAACACUCUCAAUUUCAUGAAGGUUAAGAAGAUCGACAUUUCUGCUCUCCUCAAGCAACUCUCAGUUGAGCAGGUCAAGGCACACCUCGAUGAGAUUAUCGAUGAGUGCUUCGGUACUGCCAAGGCAAAGGCUGAUAAGGAAGGUGGAUUCCUCACUCUUGAGCGUGGUUUCGCUACUAUCCCACUUCCUGGUAUUGACGUACCUUUCCACUCCCGUUACUUGUGGGCUGGUGUCAUGCCAUUCCGUACUUACUUGUCUCAAAAGAUCGAUGCUAAGGAUCUCAACCCUGACAUGCUUAUUGGCAAAUACAUCCCUAACUUGGUCGCUAAGCCAUUUGAGAUUUCUAAGCCAUACAUCGAGAUGAUCUACAACCAAACCAACUCACCUCGUCUUGAGAAGGUCCUCUCAGGUUGGGAUUCAGAGAAGUGGUCUGCUCCAGAGAACAGACAAGUAUUAGCCUACACCACCCUCGUUGAGUUGUUAGCUUACCAAUUCGCCUCACCAGUCAGAUGGAUUGAGACACAAGAUCUCUUCUUCACUCACUAUAACUUCGAGCGUUACGUUGAGAUUGGUCCUUCACCAACUCUCUCUGGUAUGGCUACCCGUACCCAAAAGCUCAAGUAUGAAGGAUUGGAUACUGCUCAAGCCAUCACUCGUACCAUCCUCUGUCACGCCAAGAACCAGAAGGAAAUCUACUACGAAAUCGAGGAUGAAGUUGAAGAGGCUGCAGCACCAGCUGAAGAAUCUGCUCCAGCACCUACACCAGCCGCACCAGUUCCUACCCCAGCUGCCGCUGCUCCAGCUCCAGCUCCAUCUGCAGGUGGUGCCCCAGCUGAUAUCCCAGAUGAGCCACUCAAGGCAACUGACACUCUCCGCAUCAUCAUUGCUCAAAAGCUUAAGAAGGGUGUUUCCGAAGUUCAACUUGGCAAGUCAAUCAAGGAUCUCGUAGGUGGUAAAUCCACCCUUCAAAAUGAAAUUCUUGGUGAUCUUCAAACUGAGUUCGGCAACGCACCAGAGAAGGGUGAAGAGCUCCCACUCGAUGAGCUCGGAAGCGCUCUCAACGUCGGCUACUCAGGAUCUCUCGGAAAGUUCACUGCUGGUCUCGUCUCUCGUAUGGUUGGUAGCAAGAUGCCUGGUGGUUUCAACUUGUCAUCAGUCAAGACUCACUUGUCCAAGACCUGGGGUCUUGGCCCACAACGUCAAGAAGCUGCCUUGUUAUUCGCUGUCACUAUGGAACCAGCCAAGCGUCUCGGUUCCGAACCAGAGGCUAAGCAAUGGGUCGACUCUAUCGCUCACGCUUACGCCGGUCAAGCUGGUAUCACUCUCACUACUGCUUCCGCUGGUGGUGCAGGUGGUGGUGCAGCUGCAGGUGGUGUCACUAUCUCUAGUGAAGAACUUGACAAGUUCCGUGCCGAGCAAAAUGAAUUUGCUUCUCAUCAAGUCGAUGCUUACAUGCGUUACUUGAACCGUGACCCGCGCGCUGGUCACCGCUUGCAUGAGCAAGAGAAGCAAAAUGCAGCUGCUCUCCAAGAUCGUCUCGAUGCCAUCGCAAGAGAGCACGGUGAUGCUUACAUCAAUGGUGUUAUGUCUUCUUUCGAUCCACUCAAGGCUCGUACUUUCGAUUCAUCAUGGAACUGGGCUCGUCAAGAUGCAUUGGCUAUGUUCUACGACAUUAUCUUCGGUCGUCUUACAACUGUUGAUCGCGAUAUUACCUCACGUUGCCUCAACAUCAUCUCACGUGCUGAUCCAACACUCAUCGAUUACAUGAGCUACUACAUCGGCAACGUCAACGUUGAGCUCGGCCCAACCUACAAGCUUGCUAAGGAAUUGGGUGAGCAGCUCCUUGAGAACUGCCGUGAGGCCGUCAAAGAAGGUGAAGGUCCUAAGUACAAGGAUGUCACCUUCCCAACUGCUCCUCAUACUGAGGUUACCGCUAAGGGUGACAUUGUCUACUCUGAAAUCAACAGAGAGGACGUCCGUAAGCUUGAGCACUACGUCAAGGAGAUGGCUGCAGGUGGUAAGAUCUCUACUCAAAACGUCAACCUCGACAAGGUUCAAUCAGAUGUCGAGAAGCUUUACGAGUUGGUUAAGUCACAGCCACAAAUCUCCGAAACACACAAGACUUCAAUCAAAUCACUUUACGAUGAGGUUCUUCGCUCUCUUGGUCGUCCAGCAAGUAUUCAAGCACCACCUCCACGUACUCGUCGUUCAUCUUCACAAUUCUUGCGUCCAGAGGUUUCUGAGAAUGCUACUGUCCACGAUGACAAACUUCCAUUCCUUCACCUUAAGCGUAAGGUUGGAACCAACUGGCAAUACAGCACUAAGUUAACUGAGAUCUACCUUGACAUCCUUACAGAGAUUGCCACCUCUGGUACUACUUUCAAGGACAAGAACGCACUUCUUACUGGUGUCGGUAAGGGCUCUAUUGGUGUAGAAAUCGUCAAGGGCUUGAUCGCUGGUGGUGCUCGCGUUGUUAUCACCACCUCCCGUUACAGUCGUGCUACUGUUGAGUACUACCAAGCAGUCUACCAUGAGUGUGGUUCACGUGGCUCAUCACUUACUGUCGUUCCAUUCAACCAAGGUUCCAAGCAAGAUGUUGAACAACUUGUUGAAUACAUCUACUCAACCCUCGGUAUGGAUCUUGAUUACGUCCUUCCAUUUGCUGCUCUCCCAGAGAAUGGUCGUGAAAUUGAUGGUCUCGAUGACAAGUCUGAACUUGCCCACAGAAUUAUGUUGGUUAAUGUUCUUCGUUUACUUGGUGCUGUCAAGGCUAAGAAGGCUGCUCGUAACUUCGUUACCCGCCCAACUCAAGUCGUACUCCCACUCUCACCAAACCACGGUCUCUUCGGUAACGAUGGUCUCUACUCUGAGUCUAAGAUCUCUCUCGAGACACUCUUCAACCGUUGGAGCUCAGAAAGCUGGGGUGACUACCUCUGUCUUGCUGGUGCCGUCAUUGGUUGGACUCGUGGUACCGGUUUGAUGAGUGCUACAAACAUUGUCGCUGAAGGUGUUGAAAACCACGGUGUUCGUACCUUCUCUUCAAAGGAAAUGGCAUUCAACAUCCUCGGUUUAAUGCACCCACUUCUCUUCGACAUUACCCAAGUUGAACCAAUCUGGGCUGAUCUUAACGGUGGUAUGGACAGAUUACCUGAUCUUGCUCAAAUUUCCACCAAGCUUCGUCAAGAUCUUCAAGCCGAUGCGGCUCGUCGUCGUGCUAUUUCUGCGGACAACUCAGCUGACUUCGCCACUGUUAACGGUGUUGAAGCUGAAGGUCUCUACAAAGAAGUUAAGGUUGCACCACGUGCUAACUUCAAGUACGGCUUCCCAGAUCUUUCUAAGCCAGAAGUAUUCGGUGAUCUCGGUAAACUUGAAGGUUUGAUCGACCUCGAUAAGGUUGUUGUCGUUUCCGGUUUCGCUGAAGUCGGUCCAUGGGGUUCAGCUCGUACCCGUUGGGAAAUGGAAGCCCGUGGUGAGUUCACCAUUGAAGGUUGUAUCGAAAUGGCUUGGAUGAUGGGCUUCAUCAAGCACUUCGAUGGUCGUCUCAAGUCUGGUCAAUUAUACGUCGGUUGGGUUGACAGCAAGUCUGGUGAUCCAGUCGAUGACAAGGAUGUCAAGCCAAGAUAUGAAAAGCCUAUUCUCGAGCACACUGGUAUUCGUUUGAUUGAACCAGAACUCUUCAAGGGCUACGAUCCAAAGCGUAAGGGCUUCAAUCAAGAAAUUGAGCUCAACCACGACUUGGAACCAAUAGAAGUCUCCGACGCUGAUGCUGAGAAAUUCAGAAAUGAGCAUGGUGACAAGGUUGACAUCUGGCAAUCAGAAUCAGGCGAAUGGUCAGUUAAGCUCAAGCGUGGUGCACGUGUUCUCGUACCAAAGGCAUUCCACUUUAACCGUCUCGUCGCUGGUCAACUUCCAACAGGUUGGGACGCUGGUCGUUAUGGUAUCCCAGCUGACAUUGCUGCUCAAAUCGACCGUACUGCUCUCUGGUCACUUGUUGCAGUUACCGAAGCUCUCGUCAAUUCUGGUAUCACUGAUCCAUAUGAGAUCUACAAGUAUGUGCACCCAUCUGAAGUUGGUACCUCCCUCGGUUCCGGUAUGGGUGGUAUGGAAGCGCUCUCAGCGAUGUUCAAGGAUCGUCGUGAAGAGAAGGACGUCCAAAUGGAUAUUCUUCAAGAAACUUUCAUCAAUACUGUCGCUGGUUGGGUUAACUUGCUCCUCAUGUCUUCAUCUGGUCCAAUCAAGAUUCCAGUUGGUGCCUGUGCUACUGCUCUUCAAUCUCUCGAUAUUGCAUGUGACACACUCCUCACCGGUAAAGCUAAGGUUAUGAUUGCUGGUGGUUUCGAUGACUUCUCUGAGGAGGGUUCAUAUGAAUUCGCAAACAUGAAGGCCACCUCAAACUCUGAGACUGAAUUCGCUAACGGUCGUGAACCAAACGAGAUGUCAAGACCAACUACUACUACACGUGCUGGUUUCAUGGAAUCACAAGGUACUGGUGUACAAGUUCUCAUGACUGCUUCAACUGCUAUCAAGAUGGGUUCUCCAAUUCGUGGUGUCAUCGGUUUCACUUCCACUUCAUCUGAUAAGGCCGGUCGCUCAAUUCCAGCACCAGGAAAGGGUCUUCUCAGCGUUGGUAGAGAAAUCCACUCUGACGUUCCAAUCCCAACUCUUGACAUUAACUACCGCUCAAGACAAAUGCAAUUCCGUCGUAAGCAAGUCUCCGAAUGGUUGGAUAAUGAACUCGAAUUACUCUCUGAGGAAUUCGCUGCAAUUGAGAAGAGUGGUGGCAAGGUCGAUGAAGCUACUAUCAAAGCAAGAACCUCAUUCUUGGAAGAAGAAGCUGAACGUCAAGAGAAGCAAGCAUUGGCAUCAUUCGGUAUGCUUGAAGGCACCGACGCACGUAUCGCUCCACUCCGCCGUGCGCUCGCUGUUUGGGGUCUUAAGGCUGACGACAUUGGUCUCUGUACUUUCCACGGUACAUCUACCAAGGCCAAUGACAAGAAUGAGUCUGAGACUUACAAUGAACUCUUCAAGCACCUCGGUAGAACUGAAGGAAACGCUUGUCCAGUCAUCGCCCAGAAAUGGCUCACUGGUCACCCUAAGGGUGGUGCAGCAGCAUGGAUGUUCAACGGUGCUGUCCAAGCUAUCAACGAUGCUAUCAUUCCUGGUAACCGCAACGCUGAUAACAUUUCCGCUGAGAUGCAAGCCUUCAAGUACUUGGUCUACUUGUCUAAGUCAAUCAAGGUCGAUGCUAUCAAGUGUGGUAUCUUGACUUCAUUCGGUUUCGGACAAGUUGGCGGUUCAUGUCUUAUUGUUCACCCAGCAUACCUCUACGCGGCUCUUAGCCAAGAAUCUCUCGAACAGUAUGCCAAGCUUAGAGCUGACCGUGAGCGUGACAGCUACAAGAAGCUCAAUGCACACAUGAUCCACAACAACCUCGUUCAAAUUAAGGAGACUCCACCAUUCGCAUCAGAAACAGAAAUUCCAGUUCUCCUCAACCCACUCGCACGUACUGAAAAUGAUAACAAGGGUUCAUACUCAUUCCCAAAGAAGCUUAAUGAGAAGUUAUCAUACAAGACUGGAAACGCUGGCGUUGCUAGCGAGAUGCUCAAAUCAGUUGAUGGUGUUCAAGGUGUAGGAACUGAUGCAGUACUUAUCUCAGCUGUUCCAGUUUCCAACCCAACAUUUGUCGAACGUAACUUCACAACUGGAGAAGUUGCAUACUGUGAGAAGCAACCAGACUCAAAGGCAUCAUUCGCAGCAAGAUGGGCAGCUAAAGAGGCAGUCUUCAAAGCACUCAACACUAAGGGUAAAGGCGCAGCAGCAUCAAUGAAAGAAAUUGAAGUCGUUUCAUCAGAGACAGGACCAACUGUAAAGUUACACGGUGACGCAGCCAAAGCAGCAAAUGAGAGAAGCGUCAAAGAGUUCAAGUUAUCACUUUCACAUUCAGAGGACGUCGCAAUUGCUCUCGCGUUCGCACAAUAGAUGAUUAUUUUAUAAGUUUAGUUAGUUCUCUAGGGUUUAUUUUUUUCCUUAUGUAUUUUUCUUAUCUAUUAAUUAAUAUUUCUCU